GGGGGGAGGGGCGGGGCUGCGCGGUUCCCUGGCAGCGGCGCCGCGGCGCGGGAGCGAGGUUUAAGCCCAGAGCCGACACCGUUUGCGGCCACUGCCAACAUGGACUUCGGACGCAUUAACGUGGGAAGCUACGUGGAGAUCCAGCGCAGCGACGGAAGAGUUCAUCAGGCCAUGGUGACAGCACUGAAUGAGGACAGUGAAAGCGUCACCGUGGAGUGGUUUGAGAAUGGGGAGACGAAGGGAAAAGAGAUCGACCUGGAGAGUAUUUUCUCUCUGAACCCCGAGCUGACGUCGGUGAGCUCGGACGCCGGUUCCGAGCCGGACCCCGAGAUGCCGCCACCCGCCAUGCCUUCUGUGAAGGCUGGGAGACCCGGGAAGACCCGGCGUACCAUGAUCCCCCUUCGGAAUGAAGUCCCUGUUAAGGAGAGUAGGAUCUCAGCACUACCAGUGCGCAGGCGGCCCAGCACAGUGAUGGAGCAGGGGGUGUCAGCGCCACAGAAUGGCAACCACGGGGAAGGCUCUCCCGCCGGCGCCGGCCAGCUCGGCAAGAAGGAGUUACCAGGACAGCAGCAGCAACCUCGCAGAAAGUCCAACUGCGUAAAGGAGGUGGAGAAGAUGAGGCGGAACCGCGAGGAGCGGCGGGCGCAGCACCAGGAGAUCCGGGAGAAACGGGCACAGGACUACGACGUGAGCUACCCCAACUGGGAGUUCUUGGUGAUGAUUAAGGAAUUCCGAUCGAGCCUCGACUACCAGCCGCUGUGUCUCAGCGACUCUAUAGAGGAAAGCCGAAUAUGCGUCUGUGUCAGAAAGAGACCACUGAACAAGAAAGAGCUGGGCCGGAAGGAGAUCGACGUCAUCACCGUCCCUAACAAGGACAUCGUGAUGGUGCACGAGCCCAAGCUCAAGGUGGACCUCACCAAGUACCUGGAGAACCAGACGUUCCGCUUUGACUACGCUUUCGACGAGACCACCACCAACGAGAUGGUCUACAGAUUCACUGCCCGUCCUCUGGUGGAGACGAUCUUUGAGAAGGGGAUGGCCACGUGCUUUGCGUACGGACAGACAGGAAGUGGGAAAACCCAUACCAUGGGCGGUGUGUUCUCUGGGAAGACUCAGGACUGCGCUAAAGGCAUUUAUGCCCUAGCAGCGCGGGAUGUGUUCCAGUUUUUAAAGCAGCCUCGCUACCGGCAGUUAAACCUCCAAGUGAACGCCACCUUCUUUGAGAUAUACAGUGGAAAGGUGUUUGACCUGCUCAACAGGAAGGCGAAGCUGCGCGUGCUGGAGGACGGGCGGCAGCAGGUGCAAGUGGUGGGGCUGCAGGAGAAGGAGGUGUCCAAUGUGGAGGAGGUGCUGCGGCUCAUCGAGAUGGGCAACAACUGCAGAACGUCUGGGCAGACGUCGGCGAACGCGCAGUCGUCACGCUCGCACGCCGUCUUCCAGCUCAUCCUGCGGCGUGCGGGACGCAUGCACGGCAAGUUCUCGCUCAUCGACCUGGCCGGCAACGAGCGUGGCGCCGACACGGCCAGCGCCGAUCGGCAGACGCGCCUGGAGGGCGCCGAGAUCAACAAGAGCCUGCUGGCGCUCAAGGAGUGCAUACGUGCCCUCGGCCAGAACAAGCCACACACGCCGUUUCGCGCCAGUAAGCUGACGCAGGUGCUGCGGGACUCCUUCAUCGGCGAGAACUCCCGCACGUGCAUGAUCGCCAUGAUUUCCCCAGGGAUGAGCUCCUGCGAGCACACUCUCAACACGCUCCGAUACGCUGACAGGGUGAAGGAGUUUGGAAUUAACCCCAUGGACAUCCCUUUCCUGUCAGCCGGAAGCACCCAGUCCGACCUCUCUCCCUCUGCGCUGUCCGACUCUGAGGUGAAGGAACUGGGGGUGGACCCUUCGGUGCCGGGUGUGGGCGGUGCCCACAGCCCCGGCGACGCUCCCAGCGUGUCGGCGCCCAGGAACGUGGGCGCGUCGCCCGGUCGCGACGACCUCAAGAUCCUGUGCGAGCAGAACAUGGGAUCACUCGACCUGCUAGAUGACAGUGUCGAGCUCAUCAAGCUGUGCGAUGGCUAUUUUACUUUGAAAGGACUGCAGGAGGAGGAGGUGUCCCCCCAGCUGUUCACAUUCCAUGAGGCGGUGUCGCACCUGGUGGAGAUGGAGGAGGAGCUCGUGGAGGAUCACAAGGCUGCCUUCCAGGAAUCGAUCCAGUGGCUGGAGGAGGAGAAGACGUUGCUGGAGAUGACAGAGGAGGUGGACUACGACGUCGACGCGUACGCCUCCCAGCUGGAGCUCAUCCUCACUCAGAAGCUGGAGCUCUUCUCCACCAUGCAGGAGAAGGUGAAAGCCUUCCGGGCCGCGCUGCAGGACGAGGAGCAGGCUAGCCGGCAGAUCGGAGGCCAGCGGCGGCCCCAGGCGUGAUCUGCCCCACCCCGAGCCACCCGUCGGCGCCGCCCCGGAAGGCCUCCAGGGUCAAAUGGACUCUUUGUCCUCUUGUCGGCAGCAUCAGCAUUUAAUUUUUGGAAUAACUGCAAGUUGAGCGACGAGAAACACUUCAUCGAUCGGCAUCUUUAUUGUUCAAUUUUUUUUAUCAAGGUCGAUGAAAACAUUACCCGACGUCGACCAACUGGAUUUACUUGUUUGCGUGUUGCUGCGUGAUUUUAGUGCCACGUGUUCUUUUUUUUGACAACUGAACAUGAAGAGGUUGACCCGGUUCGAAAUGCGUCAAGAAAAACUUGCACUUAUUGCAAAAAUGAGCGAGGCGUUACCAUCGCAAGCAGGGCGGCCCUACUUAACCACCACGCCCGUAGUUUGCUGUAAACAAUUUCUCGCGAGACCUACGGUUAAUGCGGCGCAAACAGUUGUGCCGAAUGGCGCCGUGUGCGGUGCGUGUCGUUUUUACUGAGCCUGACGUCGUUCACCCCUCCCACCCACCGCCGCCGGCUUUGCGUUGUGCAGACGUCGACGCGGCCAUUCGUGUGCGAGCUCCCCCCCGCCCCCCGUGUGCUGCGGCCGUCCGUCGUCGCCCGUCUCGUUCUGGGCUGCGCGUCGUUUACUCCACGCGUCCCUCUCCACCUUGCGUAGCUUCUGGCCCCGUUCACUCGAGGGGCGCACGGCGCCGCCUUUGGGAAUCUUCCGUGUACCUUACGACCGUAGUCGCUCCAGCUUCUGGUUUGUGUCGGCACUGGUGGUGAUUUAAAUUUAAAAAAAUGAGCCCACCACCCCGAAGCCGGGAGGGCGAGAGCCCAUGGCCAGGUAGCGAUCUUACAGGGUACUGCGCACGCUCGCUCUCGGCCCAGACCUUUAGCACGCGAUCGAGUCGCUGUCCAUCUCGGUAAGGUGGAGUUUUGUGUGUGCACCGAGUUGAUGCCCUUGUGUAAAAAAAAAAAAACCUCGUGAUUGAAAUGGUCUGUAUUGUCGUUAAAUCAAACUUGAAGAUGAUCUGAAGUCCGUCACAUCCCCAAUGUCGCAUAAACAUUUCUGUCGUUUCUGGAGUUGCAUAUGGGGCCUCGUAAUUUAACCAUUUCAGUGUUUUAAUUGUAAUGCAAUAACAUUGUGACGGUAGUUUUAUUUAAAUAAGAUAAUACAAAUUAACCUAAAUGUACUUGACUACAGAUCCUAACCAAAUACUGUGACGUCUGCAUGUGGCCGCCACUUUUAUUGAGCUCAUUGAAGGAAAAGUACAUUAACCGAGCAUACAGUCCGUUGAGUAACAUUUACACUCUUGUUAUAAGGUUAAAAAACAUAGACAUGUUGUCAGGAAUCCCUUCCACGUGGUUGGUCAUAGCUUUUAUAAUUGUAAAUAAAUUUAGUUUUUGGAUCCUAGCAAAAUUUUUGCUUGUUAGUCCUCCCCACCUGGAGACAUUUAAUUGGGGUCUGUUCCCUUUUGGAACUACUGCAAGGUGGGUUCGUCCAGGGCCAUAGCCACUUAUGACGCGCUAUUUAAUUUCUUACUCCAGAUCAUUAACGUGCCCUUUAAACGCAUUCCUUUUUAUGUGUGAUGUUUACUUCUGCGAUUCGAUUAUACUAUUAACGUAAAGUUAUGUCGUCGUUUGCCUUUUCCGUUCAUUGCCUUUUGUGACAACAGCGCUGGCACCCCCCCCCCCCCCCCCCGUUGCUCUCCCAGUCGAGGGGGUUUAGUUUGUGCGCUGUCGAGAAGCGCAGAGAGGAAAAUGAAGGGGGGGGGGCCUUGCAUGCGUCUCCCCCCCCCCCCCCCCCGACACUCCUCGGGAUUGCCUCGGGAGAGGAAAGAGUCCCCCGGCUUCCGUUUGCUGUCGUGCCCCCCCCCGCCCCCCGUCCCCCGUCGUCCUUGUGUGCGAAUCCGGUGCCGUACGCUCUGGAGGAGAUUCACCGCCCCCCCGAAAUAAAACUUUUAACGUGCUUCA